AGGAGUGAUCGGUCCGGCGAAGGAGAAGGAGGUCCGGGUCGCCAUUUUGGCAGGUUUCUGUCGUCGCCGUGAGCCAGCUGAGCCGUUAACACGCGCGCGAUAGAGCUUCCACGGCUCGAUCGGAAUCGCGAUUCGAGGACAGGUCGGCACCGAAAAGUCGCGGUCGAUCAGGAGACGGAAUCGGUAACCGGCCCCGUGGUUUUUCGCGUACCUCGUCGUCGGUUUCGGGAAUCAGGUGCGUCUCGCAGGUGCGGUUCCCGGCGGGCGGUGUGCGUGUGGCACUCUCCUCGAAGCCGGAGAACGGACCCCGGGUGUGACGCGGUUACGGAUCGCGUACUCGCCGAUUCGAAAGGUGCGUGAGGCUGGGAAAUAGUCGCGGUGUGACAGGAGGAUCAGCGACAGUAUGGCGGGACAGACGAUCAACGACAGGCUAUUGGCAGCGAAGCACAGCAUCGCCGGGCAGGGUCUCGCCAAAGCCGUGUGCAAAGCCACCACCGAGGAGAUGAUAGGCCCGAAGAAGAAACAUCUCGAGUACCUGGUGCGGUGCACGAACGAGCCGAACGUGUCGAUACCCCAACUGGCGAAUCUGUUGAUAGAGCGGUCGCAGAACACCAACUGGACAGUCGUUUUCAAAGCUCUGAUCACGGUGCACCAUAUGCUCUGUUACGGCAACGAGAGGUUUACACAAUAUCUGGCGUCCAGCAACAGCACGUUUCAGCUCAGUAAUUUUCUCGAUAAAAGCGGCGCGCAAGCAGGAGCACGGAUCGGAUACGACAUGUCACCGUUCAUCAGGCGGUACGCCAAGUAUCUGAACGAGAAGGCGCUUUCCUACAGGACCGUCGCGUUCGACUUUUGCAAAGUGAGGAGGGGAAAGGACGACCGCACUCUGCGCACAAUGAACGCCGAGAAACUGUUGAAGACGUUGCCGGUCCUGCAGUCCCAGCUGGACGCGCUGCUAGAAUUCGACUGCACCGCGAACGAUCUCACGAACGGCGUCAUAAACAUGGCCUUCAUGCUCCUCUUUCGGGAUCUGAUACGACUGUUCGCUUGUUACAACGACGGCAUCAUCAAUCUACUAGAGAAAUACUUCGACAUGAACAAGAAGCAGUGCCGCGAGGCCCUGGACCUGUACAAAAAGUUUCUCAUACGGAUGGAUCGGGUGGGGGAGUUUUUGAAAGUCGCCGAGAACGUCGGCAUCGAUAAAGGAGAUAUACCUGAUCUGACGAAGGCUCCCAGUAGUUUACUGGAUGCGUUGGAACAACAUCUCGCUUCGUUAGAGGGGAAGAAGGGCUCCGCAGCAAACACGCCUACGCAAUCCGCAAGCAAUAGAACGAAUGUAAAGUCGGGAGUGUCCGCCCUGUCUUCCACCAGUACUGCGUUUGGAACAGCAGCCAGUAAUAACCGCCUCGACCACGCCGGAAACGGACACAUCGAUGAGGCGCUGCGGCAGCAGGCGCUCGCGGAAGAAGAGGCUGCCAUGAACCAGUACAAGGCGAAAGUGCAAUCACCGUCGGGCGGGCCCAGCACGAAUCCGUUCCUCAGUUCGCCGACGAACAACGCGAAUCAACCGAUCGUGGACCUGUUCGGUGCACCGUCGACGGCAGCGGCGACGGCCGAGGGCCAGCCGCAGAAAGCGUCAGACGACCUGCUCCAAUUAGCGGGCAAUCCUUUCGCGGAUAUGUUCGGCGCGGCUCAACCCGCGGCCGCGCCGGUUACCACGCAACCGCAGAGCAAUAUGUGGAUGACUAACGGUAACGGUUUUGCGGCAGUGCCCCCGGCAAAUAAUAACUUUGUUACAGAUAACAGCUUCUCCUCCGUGUUCGGUAAUCAAGACUCGCAAGCCGCUGGUGCCCCAGGAACGGCCGGAUCCGUACCGAACCCAUUCAUGUCCGACUUCCCAUCCCUCGGUUCCCAACAGUCAACGCAACAACCGGCAUCAAACGCAGCCGCUUUCGGUCUCUUCGAGCAGGGUGCCGCGAAUACGGCCGACGGCCAGCAACAAUCUCAGGCCGGGGACCUGUUCAGUGCUGGCAGCGGUCAGGCAGACCUCUUUGGGAGCGACUCAGCAGUGAUCAAGACCGGCGAGGUCGCCGGUGGGGAGGCUGCCGUCCCGGAUGCGGCCGCCUCCGCGGCCAUGACCUCCGGUAAGUCCACUGCCACGCCGCCUCCCAGACCGCCGCCUCCCGCGACAGCGACGAACGGUACGCCGAGACCAUCGUCACCGGCGGCGGCCGGUAAAUCUGGCCAGCAACCGGCGACGACCGCCGCUCCCAGCAAGAGCGCGUUCGAAGAUUUAAACGACAGCAUUCGUAUGGCACUGGGCGGGUCCCCGUCGAGGCCGGCACCCGUCGCUCAGCAACAGCAAACGCAAGAAGCGCAACAGCAACAGGGUUACGGGAUGUACGAAAUGACGGCCGGCGGCAUGCCGGUGAUGUCCCGCGUUAAGGUCCCGAUGGGCGGUAUGCCAGUCCCAAUUCCUUCGGGGGGGUACGGUUCCCCGGCGAAGCAGCCGAUCUCAGGUUUUGACGGUUUCGGUACGACGCUGACGCCUACCGCUGUAGCUGGAGAUAAUAAUAUUUCAGCAGCAGGACAACAACAGAACGCGGCGGCUACCGGCAAGGUGCUCACCGGUGAUCUCGACAGCAGCCUCGCCAGCCUGGCCCAAAAUCUGACGAUCAACAAAAGUGCACAGCCACAAGUAAAGGGAAUGCAGUGGAACUCGCCUAAGAACGCCGCCAAGACCGGCGGCCCGGCAGGGGGAUGGACACCGCAGCCGAUGGCAGCGACCACCGGCGCGGGCUAUCGCCCAAUGGGUCAAGGAAUGACGCAACUUCCUGCAACCACCCUGGGCUUCCCUCCCCAUACCGCGCCACUGGGGAUGCAAGGCGUGCCGAUGGGCAUGCAGGGUAUGAGGCCGAUGAUGAGUACAAUGCCUGGCGGUCCCGGCGGUAUGAUGGUCGCAGGAGGCGCCGCGCCGAUGAUGAUGCCCAACGCGAAUCCCAUGAUGGGUACUAAUCUCCAACAGCAACCGCAACAGCAGCCGCAGCAGCAGCCGCCUCAGGCUGCCGCGCAGCCACGAAAUAAUCAAGUCCAACUCGAUCCGUUCGGUGCCCUGUGAAGAGAUUAGGACGUCUGAGCGGAACCGGGCAGACGAAGCACCAACUGUAAAUACCGUGUAAUAAUGCCUAGGAAAUAUGCCCUGCUUGCUCUCGUUAUUCUACGUCAUCCAAAACGAGCCGGCCCGUCCCCGCAGAACGACACGAAGAAGAAAACGAGGAGGAGUGCGUCGUCCUUCGGGAAACGCGACGGCGCUGGAUUAAUUCCCGCAUUAAUAUACAUAUAUAAUAUAUAUAUUUCUACUGCUGAUCGAGUAUAAUCGCAUACACGAGUUUACUCAGUUUAACAGCGGUUGCCUUACGAAAUACGCGUAGCAUACACACACACAGAAAAACGAUCACGCACGAACACACAGUCUUACGAGGCGACUAAGAAAAUUAUUAUCAUAGAGAGCUUAGCGAGUUACAGAAAAAAAAAAUUAAGAAAAGAACAAAAAUAUUAUGGGUCGUCGUAUUGCGUUUAGAAUUCCAUGAGACGUGAACGAGUUGACUGUGAUAGUAAUGCAUCGACGUUAGUCGCUCCCUGAACACGUCGAAUAAAGGGAGAGGGUGCGCGUGUCUCUGCGUGUGUGUGUGUAAGAGAGGAUGAAUGAACGCGGGACGAGAAGGAGUCGGCAGGUGGUCCAAAACUAGUUCCAUACCGAGCUUUACGUUUCGAUACGGAAGAUGGGAAUCUCUUCGGUGCAGGAGAGUCUAAAGAAUUUGUUGUGCGAAUCGAGAAAUCUCUCUGAUAGAGGAGUCCGCGCGUUGGUCUUUUGUCGUGACAAUUCUAAACGUAAUUACGUCGCGAUAACGAAUUCUAUGUAUUCGGCCGAUGAUUCAUAGCAUUUAAAACGUGUCUGCCCGUCUCCAAGCGUAUACACGUGCACACGCGCGUGCGACACUUGUGCAGGUGCGUACGUGUCCCCAGCGCGGAAGAGAGAAAGAUGCAACGUUCAAGGAAAUAGAUAUUAU